UCGGAGAGAUUCGUGCCAUACAGGAUCGGUUGUGAAUAGGUUCGGGUUGGUGACUUGUUUUAGUGCAGUGAUUUCAAGUGGAUUCUCGAGCAGGAUUUACUAGGGGAAAUUUUCCGGGCAGUGAAGCAAGUUUUUGUGGAAAAUUGUGAACAAGUACGAUGAGUGGAUCCGGAAAAGGAUUACUCGGAUUAUGGUUGUACCACAGUGGCGAGCAGGAAUGGACCGUCAAGGAGGGCAGCCCGCUGCAUAAACGGAAGGAAUUUGCAGAAAGCAAACAAAUCGACUGCAGCAACGGAAACGGUCAACGGUCGGACAAGACGUCGAUCGUUUUUACCCUCAAAAACCAAGUGGGUGGUUUGGCACGUGCCCUACAGGUCUUCCAGGAGCUGGGAAUUAACGUACUUCACGUGGAACUGAACAAAUCCAGCGAACCAUGCGAGCAAGCCGAUGUCCUAGUGGACAUCGAAUGCGACGCCAGCCGAAUGGAGCAAGUAAUGCGAUUGUUGAAACGUGAAGUUCACAACGUUAGCUUUGCCGCACCCAUUACCAGCGAUGGACCACCACCAACUCCACUGUCGGCUUGCGGGAGUUUUGAUUUUGGCGAAAUGCACUGGUUUCCAAGAAAAAUUUCCGAUCUGGACCGUGCCCAGAACGUGCUGAUGUACGGAGAUGCCCUGGAUGCGGACCAUCCCGGAUUCAAGGAUCCGGUUUAUCGCAAACGGCGAGAGCAGUUUGCAGCUAUUGCCAAUUCGUACAAGCAUGGCAAUCCAAUCCCGAGAGUUCAGUAUACACCGGAAGAGAUCAAAACAUGGGGCACUGUAUUUCGUGAGCUGCAGAAACUCUACAUCAAGCAUGCAGUGCCGGAGUACUUGGAAAAUUGGCCGGAGCUGGUAAAGUACUGCGGUUACCGGGAAGACAAUCUCCCCCAGCUGCAGGAUAUCAACGUGUUUCUCAAGAGGAAAACCGGCUUCCAGAUUCGCCCCGUCGCAGGGUACCUUUCGCCAAGGGACUUUCUCUCCGGAUUGGCCUUCCGUGUUUUCCACUGUACCCAGUAUAUUCGACACUCGUCAGAUCCGUUCUACACUCCGGAACCCGACUGUUGCCACGAGCUGUUGGGACACAUGCCGCUGCUGGCGAAUCAGAGUUUUGCGCAAUUUUCGCAGGAGAUUGGGCUGGCUUCGCUUGGCGCUACGGAUGAUGAUAUCAAUAAGUUGGCGACUCUAUAUUUCUUCACGGUGGAAUUCGGCCUCUGCCGUCAGCAGGAUGGCAGUUUCAAGGUAUUCGGAGCAGGAUUGCUGUCCUCGGUUGCAGAGCUGCAGCAUGCCAUUACCACCACGGUAAAGAUUAAGCGAUUCGAUCCGGAUGUUACCUGCAUGGAAGAGUGCAUCAUUACGGCUUAUCAGAAUGCGUACUUCUAUACGGAUUCCUUUGAGGAAGCGAAGGAAAAGAUGAGGGCAUUUGCUGAGAACAUUCAACGACCUUUCGGAGUCCGCUACAACCCGUACACGCAGACAGUUGACGUUCUGAGUAAUGCCAAGAAGAUCACCGCUCUGGUCAGCGAACUUCGCGGGGACCUGAGCAUCGUUUCGGCAGCCUUGAAAAAGGUCUCAGCACUGGAUGACAAUUUGGACGUUGAAUCGAUCGAAAGACUACUGUCCAGUAGUCUUCAUGUGUCCGAUAAAAGUCCCAACUCAGAAAGCUCCGAUUCCUCCGAUAAAGCAACUACUCCGAAUCAAUAAAGAUGCAUAUGUGUAUAUCAACAUGUCCAGUACACAGCAAAAAUGAAAAUUUGUUCGUAAAAACUGUAUACAUCUUACAACGUAAUAUUACACAACCGAUGGGAUGACCUAGGUGCUGCAGUUUCGAUGUUACAUUCCACGACUUUUUUGUUUUUGCUGUGUACAAUACUACAACCAAAGAUGAUCUUUACUCGCUCUCUCUCUUAAUGUGAAGGAAUAAAUUCCAGUCAUGAAUCAAGAUCAAAUUAUUGAACCAAAACAUAUGUAUUAAAGAACG